AUGAAGUCCAGUUUCUCCCUGCUCUUUUGCUUGCUGCUCGUUUCCCAUGGAUCCAGCGCAGUCAUCACUGGGGCAUGUGAGAGGGACCCCCAGUGCGGAGGAGGGAUGUGCUGUGCGGUCAGCCUGUGGAUUCGGAGUUUGCGGAUGUGCAUGCCCAUGGGACAAGAAGGGGAAGACUGCCACCCCAUGAGCCAUAAAGUUCCUUUCAUUGGCAAAAGGCUACAUCACACAUGCCCCUGCUUGCCAAACCUGGCAUGCAUGAGAACAAUGGAGGGCAAAUUCAAAUGUUCACCACCGUUAAAAUACCAGGACUAUUAUUUUUGA